GCGGCGGCGGAGGAGGAGGAGGAGGACGAAGGCGGCGGUGGCGGCGGCAAAAGAGGAGGGAGGACGGGGGCGGCGUCGGACUGGAGCCGAGCGGCGGCGCGAGCUGCCCGGGGCGCUGUCGUGAGCUCGCCCGCCGGGCCCCCACCCCCGAGCUACACCCUGCCGUGCCCAGCACUGCCCGCGUCCGUGCCCCCGCGGGGAGCGCGCCGGGGCUGCCCCCCGAAUGACGGGCGGAAGGUUCGACUUCGACGAUGGCGGCACCUAUUGCGGCGGCUGGGAGGAGGGCAAGGCGCACGGGCAUGGCAUCUGCACGGGGCCCAAGGGCCAGGGCGAGUACUCGGGCUCCUGGUCGCACGGCUUCGAGGUGGUCGGAGGCUACACCUGGCCCAGCGGCAACACCUACCAGGGAUACUGGGCGCAGGGCAAGCGGCACGGGCUGGGGGUGGAGACGAAGGGCAAGUGGAUGUACCGGGGGGAGUGGUCACAUGGUUUCAAGGGGCGCUACGGGGUCCGGCAGAGCCUGUGCACCCCCGCUCGCUACGAGGGUACCUGGAGUAACGGGCUGCAGGACGGGUACGGCGUGGAGACCUACGGGGACGGAGGUACCUACCAGGGCCAGUGGGCCGGAGGCAUGCGGCACGGCUACGGCGUGCGCCAGAGCGUGCCCUACGGCAUGGCCACGGUGAUCCGUUCCCCGCUGCGCACCUCGCUGGCCUCGCUGCGCAGCGAGCAGAGCAACGGCAGCGUGCUCCACGACGCCGCGGCCGCCGCCGACAGCCCGGCCGGCACCCGCGGGGGCUUCGUGCUCAACUUCCACGCCGAUGCCGAGCUCACGGGCAAGAAGAAGGGCGGCCUCUUCCGAAGGGGCUCGCUCCUCGGAAGCAUGAAACUCCGCAAGUCCGAAUCCAAGUCUUCCAUCUCCAGCAAACGCAGCUCGGUCCGCAGCGACGCGGCCAUGAGCAGAAUCAGUUCCAGCGAUGCCAACUCCACGAUCAGCUUCGGCGACGUCGAUUGUGAUUUUUGCCCCGUGGAAGACCACGUGGACGCCACCACCACGGAAACCUACAUGGGCGAGUGGAAGAACGACAAGCGCAAUGGUUUUGGCGUUAGCGAGCGCUCCAAUGGCAUGAAGUACGAAGGCGAGUGGGCAAAUAACAAGAGGCAUGGGUAUGGCUGUACCGUGUUUCCCGACGGCUCCAAGGAAGAGGGAAAAUACAAAAAUAAUAUUCUGGUCCGUGGAAUAAGGAAGCAGCUUAUACCAAUAAGAAACACAAAAACUAGGGAGAAGGUGGACAGAGCAAUUGAAGGCGCGCAAAGGGCAGCGGCCAUGGCGAGAACCAAAGUGGAAAUAGCAAACUCAAGGACUGCACACGCCAGAGCAAAAGCCGACGCCGCCGACCAGGCAGCGCUGGCUGCCCGCCAGGAGUGCGACAUCGCGAGAGCUGUGGCCAGGGAGCUGUCGCCUGAUUUCUACCAACCAGGCCCUGAUUACAUCAAACAGAGAUUACAGGAAGGUGUAGAUGCUAAAGAAAAUCCAGAGGAAAAGGUACCAGAAAAGCCGCCUACACCAAAGGAAUCUCCUCAUUUUUAUCGCAAAGGCACGACACCCCCGAGAUCUCCUGAGGCCAGUCCCAAACAGAGCCACUCCCCCCACUCUCCUUCCCCAAAGCCCACGAAGAAGCAAAACCCCAGUUCAGGGGCAAGACUCAGCCAAGACAAAAGGAGUGUGGCUGAUGAGCAGGUGACGGCCAUUGUCAAUAAGCCCUUGAUGUCAAAGGCUCCCACGAAGGAGGCAGGAGCAGCUGUACCCCAGUCCAAGUACUCUGGCCGCCACCACAUCCCCAACCCCAGUAACGGGGAGCUGCAUUCUCAGUAUCACGGCUACUACGUGAAGCUGAACGCCCCCCAGCACCCUCCAGAAGACGUGGAGGACGGUGAUGGGUCGAGCCAGUCUUCCUCAGCACUGGUGCACAAGCCAUCCCCUAACAAGUGGAGUCCCUCCAAAUCUGUGACAAAACCAGUUGCCAAAGAAAGCAAAGCUGAGCCAAAAGCUAAGAAGUCUGAACUUGCUAUACCAAAGAACCCAGCAAGCAACGAUUCGUGCCCUUCUUUGGAAAAAGAAGCCAAUUCAGGCCCUAACUCAGUCAUGAUUGUCCUUGUCAUGCUGUUGAAUAUCGGGUUGGCCAUUCUUUUUGUUCACUUUCUAACUUGAUUGGAUUUAGGAAAGUGAAGUCAUGACAACUAGUGGUGUUAGCCCACAGUUCUCUGCAGUGGUGCCGUCAGCCCUUUAAAUGCCCCACCCCAGGCAGACUCAGACACAGGGAAGGAGGCUUGGAAUUAGGAUGGGAUCGCGAGAGAGCUGACACUUGGAAAAUUCAGCCAGAGGACCUGUUCGGUUCCCCUGGGAAUGCUUUGUGGCUUUGGGGUCCUCUGGGAGCUGAGGCGCACAGCCAUGUUGGAGAACAAAACUUAAUAACGAUUCUUUUUUAAAAUCUGCUGAAGCAGCCCCAUCCGGCGAAGUUCUUGGCGUUGGCUACUCCAUCUGUCCUAGCGGAGUGUGACUAAACUGGAAAUGUAUGGAGCUGCAUUUUUUUUGUUGUUGUUGUCUGAUGGAAGUCAACAGCUGCCUUACUAUUUUACCAUCUGACGUUUUUAGUAGGGAGCUGGGGCAACGACUGCCCGAGGAAUGCGGUCGGAGGAUUGUGUUGCUGUGGACGUGGUUCCAACAUUCACUCCUAUCUCAUUAGAAGAAAUAGGUAGCAGCAUCACUCACCAGUCUUAUGCCAUGACCUGCUGCUUUAACAUCUCCUGGAAUGUUCUGGGAGAGGUGGUUUUGUUUGCCUGUGCACGACUCUUGUUCAUUUUUUUGCUGUUUAUUUAACUAUAAUGUAUAGUCACCCAUCACCUGCGGUCCUGGCCAGACGAAACACACGUGUUGCAUCUCAAGGAAAAGAAACAACAAAGUGCUAGUGAAAAAUGUGCUUAUUUUGAUAGCAAUACACCAUUUUUUAUGUCAUUUAUUCUUCUUAAACGUGUAAAAGGCUAUUUAUCUUUAAAAUUUAGCAAUCUGAAGCCAUCGUACCUUCCUAAGAAAUAAUUUUAUUUUAAAAAUUCUAUCAUUUACUGAGAUGAGUUAUUUAUGCACUUAAGAGGUGCUAAAUGUUAAAAGCUGAAAGACAACAGAAUUCGAAGAAGUAUAGUCCAAACGUUGCAUGGAUUGCAGUAAUCGGUGUUUAAAGGAUUCAGUUUCUUUGCUGACGUACUUUACAACCAAAUAAAAUCUUGUCAGUGGCUGUGUUAAUUCCCAUGAAAGUUAAGCAAGAUGCUAUUAAUAACUGUGCUUCUCUUUCUUGUUUUCUUUUUCCAACUUAAAUUUCUGUUGAAUACAUUCAGGUAGAGCAUAAAGCUUUGUUCAAUCCCUGCUUCUCAAUUUUCUGCCUUUCCUGUUUUUCAAAGUCCUUUUGUAAUUUCAUUUCAAAUUUUAAAGGCUUAGACAUUUUUAUUUUAAAUAUGUGUCUUUUGCAGUCCUUUGUCCUUCUGACAUAUUCUGGUUUUUUGCUGUUUUAUAAUUUAUCCUUUAUUAUUCAGAAGCAUGCUUACUUAGAGAAACUAAGUGGUCUUUAUAAAAGUAAUUAUUUAAAACGAAAUCAGGGGAGGAAAGGUAUCUGUUAAAUCUUUUUAAAACAUUACAUUGCAGAGGGGGAGCUAUUCCUAAAUAUUUUCAUGAAUUGCAUGGUUUCAUCAGAUUCUUUUUACCUUAUUAGCUACCUUUUCAGUGCAGAAGAGAUAAUAGUUCACAUAAUUCCCAUGUUAGCACAGGUAUGGACUGAAUGCUUCAUCACCUGCAGGGUAGUAACCCAGUGAUGUUUUUUGCAGAAGUACAAUAUGUUGAGAAUCCUGGGUGUGACCAAUAUGGAAUAAAGAAGAAGGCAGAAAGAGAGCAGAUGAAAAAUUACAACUUGUAUAUUUAUUUUGUACGUUUUGCUUUGACUUUUAAAUUUAGGAAGUAACAUUUUUACCUGAGAACAGGCGUUUAAGUUCCUGUGUCAGUCAGUCUCAGUACUCUCACUGCUCCUUCCUAACCCCAUAGCUCCUUAGGCUGGGAAAGCUGAUUUUUUUAAAAAAAUAAAAUAAAAUAUUUAAUCUUAUUAAGUGUUUAUUUAAAACGUGUAAUGCUUUGGAAGUAAUGGGUAACAGAUAACUAAAGGAUAUGUUUAUAAAGUGAGCAUGAGGGUCCCAUUUAUAAAUAUAUGUAUGAUUUAUAAGCUUUUUUAAAACAAAGCUCAAAUUGUUGGUAUUUUUCUAAAAUGUGCACAGCUGUAUUUUACAUGAAGGCUCUUUCUAAUGGGUUGUUAUACUGUACUCUACAUUUUGGACAGCACAUGCAGUCUGCCAAUGUACUUAAUAAAACAUGACUUUGUUUAUUUAAAGUUUCUUGCUGUGAAAAAGAACUCCCUACCUGUGAGUUCCCUUAUUUAUAAUCCUUGAAACCAAAAUGUAUAAUGUACAGUUUUCACAACUGUAUCUGCUCUAAUAAAAAAAAAGUUGGUUAUUAAU